CUCACACACGCCGGCUCCUUCGGCACGUGAUGACGUUACGUCACUGGCCCAAUGAGAAUGCGCAGAGCUCCCUGGCGGGUUUCCUGACCCUCGUUGCUGAUCCUCAGACUUUAUAUUUGCCAAUUAAUGGUGUCCAUAAGACUGACAAUUAUUUCAUCUGAAGCUCUGCUGCCAUUGAUUGAUUCAGGAUCUUCAUGACGGAUUGUUCGCUUCUAAAUGUCUGCCACAGCUACAGAUUCAGAAGUAGAGGUCCCAUCAGUAUUAUGGGGCUUGAAUCCUAUAUUUUCAGCCUUUGCAAGAUUGUACAUAAAGGACAUAUUAGAAAUGAAGCAGUCUAAACAGGUGCCAGGUAUAUUCUUUUAUAACAGGCAUCCAGUAAAGCAAGUGGAUAUUCUUGGAACUGUGGUUCUAAUAAAAAAACGUGAUGCCUUCCAUACUUAUGGUGUGGAUGAUGGCACAGGGGUUAUAAGCUGCACCUGCUGGAAAAAUUCACUGGCAGAACAGAAAUCUUUGUCAGAUUUUGAAUCCUCUAGUUGUGGCUUGGAUCUAAUUGAACAAAUAAGAAAGCUCCAAAUGGCAGUUCACAAGAAAACAAAUCCGGAAAUUGGUGAUCUUGUCAGAGUCCGUGGUUCCAUUCGGGUAUUCAGACAGCAGAGAGAAAUCAAUGCUUCUGUCUAUUAUAAAGUUGAUGAUCCUGUGUAUGAAGUUCAGAUUGCAAGGCUGUUCGAGCUCCCACGUCUAUAUAGAGAUAUUUAUGACAAGCCAUUCCAGAUCCCUGAGGAAACAAAGAGCAGCCUAAGUGUGGCCAGCUUGUUUGGCUCUGUCGGUGUUCUAAGUGAAAAUAUAAGAGCUUUUCUAUUGAGGAACAAGAUUCAGAGCUUCUAUAAGCAGGAAUUGGAAACAGUGGAAGAGUUGGUAGAUCUGAUCAGACAGGGCACCACUGCUGAACAAACAGAUUCCAAAUCGCAUUCCUUUUCCAGUUUGAUUAGGGAGUCCUUUCUGGAAGCAAUAAGGAUUCUGGAAAAUAAAGGUGUUCUUUUCCGGAAAUCAAAGAAUCCCAAUGAUACAUACUAUGUGACUGAGCAGGACAAAGAAUUGCACAGAGUCACCCUUGAAGUCCUCAGAGACGAUUGUAAGAGGCCAAAAUAUGCUGAAAAAGGCUGCCAUCUCCGCCACAUUCUCAGUUGUUUACAGCACAGUUACAGCCCUUAUGUCACCGAAAUUGUGGUCCGUUGCCUCCUAGACUGGUUGGAGACCAACAGUGAUAUUGUCACUACCAUGGAAGAAUACUAUACUGUAUUUUAAAUGGCAUGGCAUGCCUCCCUAGAACCAAAUUUUGUACAGUAGGCCUAGCAGAAAGUAUGUCUGUACCACAAAGGACUUGAUUGUGUAUUUCCUGAAUCGUUUCUCAUUUGGAAGAUUAGGUGCUAUGAAAUUCCUAGCUACCAUAUCUUACUAAAGCAUCUUUUGUACUAUAUCUUACUAAA